AUGUACGUUUCGAAAUCAAGGGAGUAUAAGAGCAGUCCACCUCUGCAGCAUGUACCUGAUGAGAUCGAGCCGAAAACAGAAACAGAGAAGGAAUAUUCUCGGUCGAAGGAGCGGGACAUGUCGAAGGAGGCGAGUGCCAAAAAGCGAGGGCGGUAUGGAGAUGAAGGCAGUGAAGGGAUGGAAGUUAGGAAACUUCUGACUCGGAAUGUCCGUGACACCGAGGACGUUCACACGCUUCGUUGCCAGUGCAACCAAGUUCAUGCCAAGUUCCUCUUGCAUCGGCGCCUCUCCAAAGACACCAGGACGUCUCUUCUGUCGUGGAUCCUCGGUUUCCACGUUUCAAGCAUCGCACUGAGCACUUUGAUGGGAUUUUCUGUCUACGCUCACUUCCAAUUGACCCACGACAUAUUUCAUCGAGAUAUCACCAGCAUCUCAGUUGCAAUACUCCUUUUCUGCAUAUUCCACCUAUUUUAUCACGUCCUGGGCUCGACUCUUUGCUGGCAAAUUCGAUUUCCUCGUACAGAGAGUCUGAGUGAAUUGGAAGAGACAGUUUUCCAUGAAGGCUGCAUUGUAAAGCUCCAGACCCACUUCUUUCGAUGCCUCUUACUUUUCUUGCUCUUCGCUGUUUUGGCAUUCCUGCUUGACGUAACCAUACUAUUCCUGAUGAGAUUGGUGGAGACAUCGCUGCAAUUGGCUUUGAGAUUCGAGGACCCGAUGAUGGACGCGACAGGCUACCUUUUUCGUUGUCCCCCAUUCUCUCGUCUAUAUUGCCCUUGUUUGCCUGUUUGUGAGGAAUGUUUCCCAAAUUUGACCCGAGAGGAGGAACGAAUUUCUCUCAUGGCAUUGGUGGAGCCAGAUGCCACAGAAACCGAGGAAGAGGAAUUUAACCAAAAGGGAAUUGCUCCGUGA